ACACACUACCUAUUCAUAGAAGUAUUUAUGCAUCAUCUACAUAUUCAUUUUACGCUUCUACGUCUGUGUACAGGAAAGUAUUAUUUGGAAGACGUAAGAGAAAAUAUAUCAGUUUAUUGUUAAAUUAUUAUGACGUUCUUUCCAACACAAAAAGUGUUGUCACUAUUGUUUCCAAACUGCGUUACCCACUCCAGCCAGCAGAUGGCGAUGAGCGUCUUUCAGUUGACUCUUCUUUCGUGACGUAUAAUGGACUGGACGGACGCUUCUUCAGGAACAACAAGGCGUCAAACUCUUUCGACCACGUCGGUAGCUUGCUAACCAACAUAAAAGUUAAAGAUUGACGCUUUAGACCAUCUUAAUGUACAUUAUCUAAUCUCAGUGUUUUAAACACAGUUCUGUUGACGUAUUAACUGGUUAACUGUAACCUAAUUUGCAAACGUGUUAAAGAUUUAUGCUGAGCCUAGCACUAGGCUAGUCGCUAAUGCUAACUAGCUAGCUAACAUCCCUGACCAUGAGCUCAUUAAACUACUCAUCCCCUGCUAUAGAAGAGGAGGUCUGCUGUUUGGAGAAAGAAGCUCUGGCGUUGAACAUUGAAGGAGAGGAUGAGGUUACAGUGAAAGAAGAGAAAGAACCUUUUGGAAUGAAAAAGGAGGAAGAGGAGACUGUUAUAGUGAAGGAAGAAGAUGCUGUUAUAGUGAAGGAAGAGAAAGAACCUUUUACAGAGGAAGAGGAUGCUGUCUCAAUAAAGGUGAAGGAGGAAGACAUUUUGGGAGUAAAAGAGGAGGAGACAGAAGAAGCUUUCAGGAUGAUAAAGGAGGAAGAGGAUGCUAUCACAUUGAAAGAAGAAGAGGAUGAUAUUACAGUGAAAGAGGAAGAUGGGAAAGAGGUUGUCAGAGUGGAAAAGGAGGAGGUAGAAGCUUUCAGAAUCAAAGAGGAGGAAGAUGCCAUGACAUUGAAAGAAGAGAAUGUAGUGAAAGAAGAGGAAGAACCUUUUGGAGUAAAAGAGGAAGAGGAGGAUAUCUCAAUUAAAGAGGAGGAAGACGUUUUAGGAGUGAAAAAGGAGGAGGAGUCAGAAUAUCCGAUUACCAUCAGAGAGAGACAUGACUAUUAUGGAUCCUCUGGGGAGCCUCAACAACAUCCUGAUGCUGACGAGGAAGAGAAGAGUCUCUCCAGAUCAGAACACCAGAUGGACAACGCUAGCCCUUCCUCCCUCCCGGAGUCCCCGUGUCGUGCCUCUCCCGGUAGCACCUUACUGCUGGGUAUGAAGAGGUUGUCUGUGCUGCUGGUGGACUGCAGGAAAACAACGGGGCUGAGUGGAACUGUGAGAAGAGGAGAAGAGAAGAAAGGAUCAGGAUCAGAUUUGACUCAUCAAAGAGAAAGACCAGACUCAGAGGAACUGGAGCCAGUGAAGUCCAAACCAGCAAGACAACACCUCUGCUCCCAGUGUGGAAAGAGUUUUAACCAGAAAGAGCACCUGAAAAAACAUGAGAGAAUACACACGGGGGAGAAGCCUUACCACUGCUCCCAGUGUGGAAAGAGUUUUACCCAGAAAAGCAACCUGAAAAAACAUGAGAGCAUUCACACAGGGGAGAAGCCUUUCCAAUGCUCCCAGUGUGGAAAGAGUUCUGCUCACUUAUGUAAACUGAAAACACACCAGAGAAUACACACGGGGGAGAAGCCUUACCACUGUUCCCAGUGUGGAAAGAAUUUUGCCCACUUAUGUAACCUGAAAUCGCAUGAGAGAUUACACACAGGGGAGAAGCCUUACCCCUGCUCCCAGUGUGGAAAGCGGUUUACCCACUCAUGUAACCUGAAAACACAUGAGAUAUUACACACAGGGGAGAAGCCUUACCCCUGCUCCCAGUGUGGAAAGAGUUUUGCCCACUUAUGUAAACUGAAAAUACAUCAAAGAAUACACACAGGCGAGAAGCCUUACCACUGCUCCCAGUGUGGAAGGAGUUUUACCCACUUAUGUAACCUGAAAAGACAUGAAAGAUUACACACAGUCUGCAUUUGGCUAAUCUCCCGGAGCAUAAACUCACUAAGCAAGACGGAGAAAGAAGCUCUGGUGAAAUUAGAGAAAUCAGAUUUCAGAAUGAAAAAGGAGGAAGAGGAGGCUAUCACAGUGAAAGAAGAGGAUGAUAUUACAGUGAAAGAGGAAGAUGGGAAAGAGGUUGUCAGAGUGGAGGAGGAGGUAGCUUUCAGAAUCAUAAAGGAGGAAGAUGAGAAUGUAGUGAAAGAAGAGGAGGAAGAGGCUAUCUCAAUUAAAGAGGAAGACGUCUUGGGAGUGAAAAGGGAGGAGGAGGAGACUGAAGAACUGAUUACCACCAGAGAGAGACAUGACUAUGGUGGAUCCUCUGGGGAGCCUCAACAACAUCCUGAUGCUGACGAGGAAGAGAAGAGUCUCUCCAGAUCAGAACACCAGAUGGACAACACUAGCCCUUCCUCACUCCCCGAGUCCUCGUGUCGUGCCUCUCCCGGUAGCACCUUACUGCUGGGUAUGAAGAGGUUGUCUGUGCUGCUGGUGGACUGCAGGAAAACAACGGGGCUGAGAGGAACUGUGAGAGGGGGAGAAGAGAAGAAAGGAUCAGAUUUGCCUCAUCAAAGAGGAAAACCAAACUUGGAGGAACCAGAGACGUCCAAACCAGCAAGACGACACCUCUGCUCCCAGAUUGGAAAGAGUUUUGCCAAGUUAGGAAGCCUGAAAAGACAGAAGAGUCUCACAGGGGAAAAGCCUUACCACUGCUCCCAGUGUGGAAAGGGUUUCAGACAGCAAGGAAGCCUGAAAGCCCACGGCCGAAUACACACAGGGGAGAAGCCUUACCACUGCUCCCAUUGUGGAAAGGGUUUUAGACAGCAAGGAAGCCUGAAAGUUCAUGGCCGAAUACACACAGGGGAGAAGCCUUACCACUGCUCCCAUUGUGGAAAGAGUUUUAACAGGUUAGGAGGCCUAAUAACUCAUGAGCGAAUACACACAGGGGAGAAGCCAUACUGUUGCACCCAGUGUGGAAAGAGUUUUGGCUCGUUAGGAAACCUGCAAUCUCAUGCACGAUUACACACAGGGGAGAAGCCAUACCAUUGCACCCAUUGUGGAAAGAGUUUUCGCAUGUUAGGAAACCUGCGAUCUCACCUGCGAAUACACACUGGGGAGAAGCCAUACCAUUGCGCCCAGUGUGGAAAGAGUUUUAGCAUGUUAGGAAACAUGAAAGCUCAUGAGCAAAUACACACAGGGGAUAAGCCUUACCACUGCUCCCAGUGUGGAUCUAGGUUUACCAGGUUAGGAAGCCUGAAAAGACAUGUGGAUACACACCAAAGCCUUUCCUUUGCGCCCUGUGUGGAAUGAGUUUUAACCAUUUAGGAAACCUGAAAAGAAUUGAGAGAAUACACACAGGGGAGAUGCCUUUCAUUUGCGCCCUGUGUGGAAUGAGUUUUAGCUUGAUAGGAAACAUGAAAUAUCAUGAUCUAAAUACACCCAUGGGAGAAGCCUUACAAAUGUCACUUAUACGUGAGGAUCCACACAGAGAAAAAUAACUUCUCCUACUGUGUAAACUGAUAUUUCACAUCACAUUGACUUAAAAUUCAUCAGAGAACAUACACAGUGCUCCCGUUGUCUUAUAUUGUUGACUGACAAUGUGUUUACCUGUCUUUACCAGAUGAAAUUAAAUGGUACAAAGUAUACUCUAAAAUAUAUUUUAAUGUUUUUAUUAGAAAAUAAAAGUGAAUAUGGAGUCUGUCAGUUUGAAUAUAGAGUAGAUCAGAUGCCAUGUGUUUAAAUGGCUCUCUUGAUCCAAAAUCAGCUCAGUUAAUCUCUUCCAUUGUGACAAUGAGUCAUCAUAAUGCUGCAUCAAAUGUACAUGAUUGUACAGAAACUCACCGGAGUAGGUGAUAGUGGUUGAUUUACUCACUGAAUCCAUACAACCUCCGGUAGUGGUUGUGACAUUUCCGCAUAUUACAGCAAUUAGGUGUCACACCCUGACCUUAGAGAGCUUUUCUGUUUCUCUAUUU